GUGUCUCGACUGAUGUCCAUGUGCCCCAAUGUCAAGGACACGGGGGGCACCCUUCGACUGGACGGGCGUGGCCAGAAUGCCAUCAUAGCACUGGGAGUGUACCUCCUGGAGUCUGGGUUGCAGCACAGCGACGCCAUCUUGAAGUACCUGCUGCAGGUCGUUGAGUAUAUGCCCGAGGCACAGUGGCUGGACGGGCCCAAGGGUCUCAACAAAUACAAUUUGCCGAUGAGUGAAUGCUUCAGUUUCUGCCUGAACACAAUUCUCUGCGACGUGGCCUUCAGGCUGCCAGCGUACAAGGACAAGAGACCCUGUGCACCCGACAGAUUCCCCUUCUCCUGGGCCUGGCGCGCUCCCUGGGUCGGUCAAGCGACGAGGACUGCCCGCUCAUCUCGCACCUGCUGUCGGUCCACGGCCCGCCGCAGCCUGCGCAGUCCUGCCUGCCAGAGCCCGAGCCCGUCCAGCAGCGAGGUCACUUCAACACGUUCCGCUCCAUCCUGCCGCGCACGCUGAGCUCGGUGUUUGUGCAGACGGAGGGUGGGGGGACGGCGGUUGUCCCUGACGGCGGGGACGGGGGAUCCGACAGGAAGGCCAGCUACCGGGAGAGAUCCCCAUCGCCCCUGGCAACGAGUCGCGACCUGUAUACAGACGGGGCCUCCGCCUACGCCAUCGUCGAACCCCUCCCUUCCGCCAUCUACUUCAACAAAAUCGCCUCCAGCUUCACCCGCACGCGACCUUGGGGCUUUGAGAUCAUCCCGGAGCUGGACCACUUGAAGUUUAGAGAGGGCCACCUCUCCCGGAUACUCCAAGUGAGCUCUCAAGGCCGGCCAGCAGGCGGACUCGGAGUGUGUCCCUGCAUUCCUUGCUUCUAUCUCCAACAGACUGUACAGAGCAGAGCUGAGCGACCGGGAGUCGAACCUGAUUUCCACCAACACCAUCCUGACGCUGGGCCACCUGGCCGUGGUGGUGAAGGAAGAGCCCAAGCUGGUGGAGUCCAUCCUGCAGAUCUUCCAACAGAGGUUUUGCUCCCCACCCUCACAGCUUGACGUACUCAUAGUGGACCAGAUGGGAUGUAUGGUCAUGGCUGGAUGUACUGGUGUCGCAGGCGGUGAUCAACGCGUACGCCAACAUCGCGGCCAACAUGGUCGGGGAGGCGGAGCAGAUGGACCUGCUGUCUCGGCUGUUGGAGCUCUUUGUUCAGCUGGGCCUGGACGCCAAGCGCAUCAACGAAAAGAUCUCGGGGCUCAUGAAGGCGUCUUCAAGUGCUGGCAACCUGGGGCUGCUGAUUCCUGUGAUAGCUGUGGUCUGUGGCCCCCCGAGUGGUAUGAGGGUGUAUGUCUCAUCGCUACCAAGUCCCCCCUGCUCAUCUCCAAGGAACACAUCAGCAAGGAGCUGCUCUAUAACACGGCACUCAGGAACGACGCAGUGUCGCCGAGCGAGCUGGCCGAGCUGCGUGCUGACAUCUGCCGUCAGCUGGACAACCCAGAGGUCAACACCAUCGUGAACCGGCUCAACUUUGCACAGUGCACCUACCUACUGUCUAUUUAUAAACUGGAGAGACUGAGGGUCACCCAUUCGACCGACCCCGAGGCGGUUUUCGGCAUUUUCGAAUAUCUGGAGGACAAAUUUAUUUUCGCAGACAAGCUGG